UGUUGUUUCUUUGAAAUAAUAUCUGAAAAUAAUACUUCGGAUAAGAAGUCAAAGAAAAGAAAAUCAAGAUCUGGUACGGAGACUAGCUUUUCAGCUAAUAAGGUUGGUAUAACUAAUAUUCUGAUAAAAAAAGUAAAUGAAAUAGAUGACCUACGAGUUAAGCUUGCACAAAAUCGUAAAGAAAGGGAAGAAGCUAAAU